AUGAUCCGACGCACCUUCUCCCGUAUUGCUCGAAUGGACUUCCAAAUGCUCCAUGGGGCCUACGUCAGACCACUUUUGGAAUACCCCAACCAAGUUGUCUACUCAGGACACACGAAAGACUUCACCCUCAUUGAGCGUGUCGAGCGAGCCGGUCUCAAAUCCGUGGAUUACAUAACGCGUCUCAAGAUGUUUGAUCUCUUUCCCCUGGAGUACCGUCGCCUCCGAGGGGACCCAAUUCUUACUUAUGCCCUGUUUGAACAAAGCUUGACAAACAGGUUUUCCACCGUUGACCCAGCAAACACACGGCGGGGACAUAGAGAACAACAGCCACUGAUCAACAAGAGCAAAAGCGAUCCGGCAAACUUGGGCAAAAGCCUCGAUCCUGCGUAUCAAUCCGGGAAUCCGGGAAUCCAUAUGGGAAUGCGUGUACUAAACCAGUUCCUGUCAGUCUUCAAUAUAUCAUCUACUGCCCCACGUCUGUCUGCUCCUAUUGACUACUGGCUACGAACUGCGUAUAAUCUAAUAGUCGCAAUCGUCCUGUGA